AGCAAGUACUAAAGUCCUAAGACAACAAAACAAGUCUGAUUUGUUGAAAGAACAGAUGGAACAUCGGUUUGCCUGCAAUGUUGUGAAUGAGGCAGCAAGUGGAGUUGAGAUUUCCAGACACUCUCUUAUUUUGCCUGAUUGGAAAGAAAAGUUAAUUUAUUUAUCGGAAUUUCUUCUCUGUGAGUCUGAGCCCACAAAAAAGUAUCCAGCUCCAUCCCUACAUGGCUUCAGGCUGGCCUGAGUCUGCCAACUCCUUAUCUGAUGCUACUGACUGGGCUGGUGAUCUUGGGGAUUAUGUCAGCUGAGCACUACAGAAACUUUCCCAUGGAGGAGAAACUUCUCAAAUCACAGAUCUCCAAUCUAUUGAAAAUGUGGGGAGAAAUGGCCAUCAAACUCUGCCAAGAGCUAGUCAUUAACACUUCAGAUGAUAAAUGUAAUCCCUGUCCUAAGAUGUUGCAAUAGUACCCAAACAGUUGUUACUAUUUUUCAACAAGUGAGGAAAAAACCUGGACCAACAGUAGAAAAAACUGCAUGGACAAGAACUCCACCUUGGUAAAGAUAGAUAACUUGGAAGAAAAGGAUUUUCUGAAGUCAAAACCAUUAUUUGAGUUUUCUUUCUUCUGGUUGGGAUUACAAUGGGAUCCAUCUGGCAAAAGUUGGCUAUGAGAGGAUGGCUCUAUCCACUCUCCAUUCUUGUUUAGUCCCAAAGAAUAUGCCCAGAUCAAUGGAUCCAAAGGAUGUGCCUAUUUUCAAAAAGGAAAUAUUUAUAUUUCCUGCUGGAGUGCUGAAAUUUCUUGGAUUUAUGAGAAGACAGCUGCAUUGGUGAAAACCGAAGAUUUGGAUUAAUAUGCUUCUUCCAAUUUCACCAGGAAGUAAGGAAUUUGUGAUUAAGCUCAUGUGAGGAAGGAGAAAGCUACACUAGCAGAGCCAAAAGGAGAUUAAAAAGUGACUAUGUAUUUAAACUAUUGGGCAAAUAAACUCGCUUCACAGAACAUUCUCCACUUCAUCGUCUGAUGCCUUCUGAGCUGAUGUUCUUGCCAUUCAGUCUUAAAAUUAUCACUGGGGACCUGAAGGAAGAGCUGUUCUAUGGCUCCAUUAUUCAGUCUCAGAAUCAUUUCACUGAAUUUCCUCUCUCUCCAA